ACCGAAACUCUAUUUAGCGAAACAGUGACAUCUUUUGUUCCGCGCGGAAUCUGCUCCAAAGGUGCUCUUGCUUGCGUGCCGGCGGCCAGCCAGCCGAUCUAGGACCUCUCACGUCUCGCGACGACUUAUCAGGCCAUCCGAGUAACCUAUCUUCGUCGGGACUUGGGCUGUGACUCAACUCUGCAGUUGGCUCCGAUCUCUUGGCGCUCUGCCAUCUGAUGGCUUCCAGUCUGUCUGUCACCGCACAGGGACCGACGUCGGGGAUGGACUCCGAUCAGCAUCCUGCCAAUGUACUGGCCUUUCAUUGCAUCAGCAGCAGUGCCAACACACACAACGGCAACUUUUCAGCUGUCUUUGAUGGAUGUACCAGUAAAGAGACAAGGCGCGACGACGUCACGACACUAAACCCGAGCGCCAGACGUUACCCCCGGCCUGUAUCGUCUGCUUCCGGGCAGCCAACCACUGUGCUCAUUGUUUCCCCCGUUCCCCGCAGUCGGUCUUGCCGGCAGCGCGCCUAUGGGGAGCAGGACCGGUGCAGGAAGAGCAUGCAAGCUUACACACCACGAACCACACAGAGAGCCAGGCUAUAUCAGUCUGCUAUAGGCACAAUAGCACUGAAGGCCCAGCGGAGUAUUAUCGAGUCAACAGGAGCCCCCGAAAGAACCACGGGGCCCAUCGCCGGCCACUACAGGAAAGAUCUUCGAAGUUGUCCUUCUCACAUGACGGCACAGAGCCCGGCCAGCACCGAACGGCACCUUCGAGGCGCGGAGCCACAAUUAUCGGGCGCGAGUCCUGGACUCUGUUCCAUUCCGCGAUUUAGAACGCAGGACACAUGCAGGACUCCUGAAAGAGUCCUACACGUUGCAACGCUGUAUUUGGCAUCUGGGCGACCACCUUGUCGGCUUGUCCAACUGCUCCCAAAGCGACGCCUCCAGCGAAGGGGCGACGUGUCUGGCCCGGCCCCCUGAAUUCGAUAUGCUUUCGAGCAGCCCGGAAUACUUCCCCGAACUACUUGGCAUGCAACGAUAACCACAGCAUGAGGAUUAAGGAACGUCAAUCGUCAACCGCCAACCAGCCCCCUGCAAAAAGCCAACGCCCUGCUUGAGAUGA